CACCUGAACUUUAAGCUUUAAAAAUCAGUCCACGUACCUGUAUACUUUGAAUAUGUGUAUGCACUGUGCAUCAGCACAGUAAAUGAUGGACAUUGUUCAUGUACUUAUUUACAUCAUAUAUGUAAGAGGAUAAAGAUGGCUGACGGGGCGGAGUACGUGGCUGGCUGAGCUGUGGAAAUUUGCCAUCGGAUCAAGGGAUGCACGAAGGGAAAAAAGUACGGGUUUAACAUUGUCUCCAGCAUGGCGAAGAGGAUGUGCCUCCUGGUCGUAGGUGUGCUGCUAUUGGCUGGAUCCAGUCACGUGUCAGGUUUUCAGGGGAACAAGAUCGUCGCCUCCCUCGAUAUUGUACCGAGAGAGACGAUUCCAGUCGUGCCAUCAGAUUCUAUUCAACUGGAUGGACCUGUUACAGUGAAUGCAUUAUCUUCUGCCUCCUAUUACCAGUCUUUAUCGGAUCCAAAGAGACUCCCUAGAACCAGAUGUGACCGCGUCAAUGAGUACGACACCAAGUCUCAGGCCUGUUGUGGACAAUCCACCACCCUUCCCAACGGCGUCAGGUGUUGUCAAGGCAACGUAUACAACAAGGCAGCCCAGUUCUGCUAUCGAGGCGUGGUCCACUACUAUUUGGACUUCAAUCCGAUUCAACAACCACGUCCCAAAUGUGGCCAGUAUUACUAUCACUACCAAGAUCAGGCCUGUUGCGCCGGCAAGAUCUAUAUCCCAGCCAGCCAGGGGUGUUGCAACAACGUGGUCUUUACCUACGCGACACAGAUGUGCGUCGGCGGACAAGUGCGAGAACAUAAUUCCUACGCCCCAUGUCCAGGAUUCCACACCGAUCACCCGUCGCAAUACGGUUGCUGCAAUGGCGUCUCUUACUUGUACAGCACGAAGGGAUGUUGCCAAGGCAACGUGUACGACCUUGACGUGAGCAAGUGCACCAAGGACACACUGACUGUUCAUAGGGACGGAAAAAAGCGCUGCGGCGGGCAGGUUUAUAUCCAGCACAACCUCAGCUGCUGCCGAGGGCUGCUCUACGAUCACAACAAACAGACUUGCUGCGAGGGGCGCGUCCUCAAUGCGACCACCAUGUACUGCCAAGAUGGCCGCGGGCUCAGAUAUGACAAAAUGGUGCUCUGUGGCGCGAUGCAGUACGACCCCACGCGCUUCGGCUGUUGUCAUGGUGAUCCCUUUGAUCCUCGUCACCAAGGCUGCUGCGCCUAUACUGUGUUUUGGAAGAACCAGUACACGUGUACCAAUGGUUACCUGUACCCCGUGGCCGCUGAUCCGGUCGGAUCCGGAAACCAGAUGCCAUAUUGUGAUGACGAAGCGUUUGAUCCUUCCAAGGGCAAAAGAUGCUGUGGCAAGCUGACGUAUAAAACCGGGUUUGAAAGCUGCUGUGGCCAGAAUCCCUACUUCAGAGCACGACAGGUCUGCUGUGAGAGCGAUAACGGCCAGUAUUUCAGAAGAUCCAGAAUGGUCGGUUGCAGAAGUUUUUAACUUUUUAACUACCCGCUGAAGCAGUUUUUACUUUUGUGAAAAAUUGUUACUUUCAGGCCACUCUUUAAGUGCUUCGGAAAAUUUGAACGGCGGGUACACUUAACAGAUAUUUUUUUUAAAAAUUAGACACCAUGAAUAUUUUUGUUUCUCGUACUUUUAGCCUAAAAAUUAAGUGUUAAUAGUGACUCAUCGUAACGUCACCUCAAUUUAUUUUUUGAGCACGUCGUAACGUCACCUCAAUUUAUUUUGUGAGCACGUCGUAACGUCACCUCAAUUUAUUUUUGGUCUGAACUUAAAGCACCCCGCUUGUGUCCUGUUAUGAUCACUUUUGGUUCUUUUUUAAGGUCACUCGCACAUAAGGAUACAAAGUAAGUCACUUUGUAGAUGCCAUCCUCUUCACAUGAAAAUAUUUUAAAGAUGAUUGCAAGUAAAUGUACACAAAAUUUUGAUUGACGUUUACACUAUAACUAUUAUUUAUCUACCUUCAAUCUUUUUGUCGCUCUUCUCAAGAAUUAACCUGAAUCAAAGUAAUCUAGUGAAGACACAUAUAAAAUAAAGUAGCUUAAAAUAUCAGCAUUUUAAGUUGUAGUCAAAUACACGUUCACUAAUUUUUAUAGUGAACACAAUACUGAAAAUUAUCAUAUACGUUUACUCUAUCUGACCACCACCGUCCUAUUCAAUAAUUUUCUAAAAAAAAAACUAAAUCUAUUGUUUCUUUGUAUCUAAUUUCUUCCUCAUUUGCUUCCAUCUCUGCUGACUAUUUUAGUUUAUGUAAAA